AUGUUCGCUCGGUACAAGCUCGUCUCCUCGGCGGAUCACGCCCCGGAUCACGCCUCGUGUUCGGAUUCGGCGCACAGACGACACUAUCCGACGAUAGCACUGGUCGUGCUUUCCUUCGCAAACGUCUGUGUAUUGGGCUUCUCGAUUGCCAUAUGGCGCACUGCGGGUGUGGCCGCCACGGCGACCCCGGGAGAUUCUCUGACCAGCCUCGCCCAGUCCAGCACCCUUGAGGUUCCCAACGACCUUGCUAGGGUAGAGUCUCUUCCUAUCGCGUAUGUUCCUUUUCAUUGGAAUACGCCAUGGGGUGCGCCCAAUGCGACGGAAGCAGACCCGCUGUGGGACAGCAUCAACACUGCGCAUGGUCAUAUCGCAGUUGACCAUGAGUUCGCAGCAGAGAACCACUGGCCUGCCUCUAUGGACAUACCCGGCAUGCCUGGUAAAGGGAUGUAUCUUCUCCAAGCCUACCAUCAGCUCCACUGCCUCCGUAUCGUUCGCGCCUCGUAUCUAGCUCUGAAGCGCCAAGAGUUCCCGCCCUUCCCCUCGCAUCACGCUUUGCAUUGUUUCGACGCCCUGCGUCAACACAUUAUGUGCCAUGCGGAUAACACUCCGCUGUAUGGUCACGGCGAUGGCAUGGCUGGUGAUGGCCAGAUGCACCAAUGUCGGGACUGGACCGCGCUGAGGGAUUAUGCAACGAAGAACACGGCUUGCUUCCGCGAUGGCAAGCCUGGUAUGACACUUGCGGACCACUUUGGUGUUUGUGAUGACGGAACGGAUGGUUUGGAGGAACUUGUGCCUGUGACGAAUGGACCGUGA